AUGAUGGACCGAUACGUCUACUUUGUGGUUGGCAGAUUUCUCUAUAGUGUGCCCAUCCAUGGUUCCGAGAAACAGCGCAGAUACAUGAUAUUAGAGUCAUCUUAUGACAUCACAACGAUAUCGUACGACUACGUGGACCAGCUGCUGUAUUACGCCGCAGACUCCGGCUCCCCGCAGAUAUGGACCGUGGAACCAAACGAACCACAGCAUGUCAACAUCAUGCAUCAGUCAAUGACCGGAAGUGGACCUCAUAACCUUGUGAUCGUGCCCCAUAUACACAAAGGUUUCUGGCUCAGCGACGGCAAUCAUCUAGAAGUGAUGGAUCUGGAAACCAAGGAUAGCGUGAUCAAUCACGUGACCCUGCAGUACGAGUUCGUCAACCCCAAGAAGCUAGUCCACGACGUCAAAUACGAUCUCCUCUUUGCUUUGGUUGCCAGCUCUAUUGGUCACACAAACCUCCUCAGUGUCAACUACAACGGUUCCGCGUCUGACUUCCUCUACAACGAGAAAGAUAUCGAGACGUUUGCUCUAUACAAUGAGCUGAUUAUUUUGGUGCACAAAAAUGGCGGCGAUCACGUGAUCAGAUCAGCUGAUAUCGGCCUCGGUUCUCCACUGAAGGAGAUAGAACAAGGGAAGAUAACCGGGAUACAAACCAUUAAAGACAUAAAAGUGCUCGAUCAGAAAGCCUUACAACCGUUCGAGAAAAGUCAGUGCUCACGCGUCAGCAAUGGCGGGUGCGAGCAAAUCUGUCUGCCGAACUACUUGAGUAAAACCCCAACCUGCGAAUGCUUCAUUGGGUACAAGAAGAUGUCGAACGGCACGUGCGUGGCUGCUCCGGUGGAGGACAACUUCAUCCUGGUGACUGACUACACGUACAAUCAGGUGUUCCAGAUCUCCAUGGACAAUCCCAACACUGUCGUCACCGUGCCUUUACCCAACCUCGGUCGGCCUGAUGGAAUUCUCUACAUUCAUCAGACCAACAAGGUUUUAUGGACCACGGCCGGAACGGCCAACAUAUGGGCGUCGAGUCUAAACGGUUCCUUUCAAAAUACAUUUGCCGAUAUUAGCGCGUUAUUCGUACGGCCGGACCGUAUUGCCCUCGAUCCCAGUACCGGAAACGUCUACUACACCGGGGUGUCGCAGGUGGCGGACUUCCUCUUUGACAGCGUUAUCGGCGUCGUCAAUGGCAACGGGAGUCACGCGGUAGUCGUGUGGGAGGGGCACAUGCCACGCGACAUUGUUCUGGACGCCGGGGAAGGGUUGAUGUUCUGGACGGACCACGGUGACCGGAUGACCGGCGUCUACAGGGCACAGAUGGACGGCAGCAAUAAGCGCUCGCUCGUUCUGGAUGACGUCGUCUGGCCAAACGGAGUCACUCUCGACUACAGAACCAAGCGUGUGUACUGGACGGACGGCUCGCUUGACAGGAUCUACUCGUGCGACUACGAUGGCGCAGAACGAAAGUUGGUCCGACAGUUCGAUAACUCCUCCCACCUGAUGGAUAUUCAACUCGUGGAAGAUUUUCUGUACUUCACUGACAUCAACAUGAGACAGGUACAGAGGAUUCAUAAGGACGGUCAGGGGCCGAUACUCAGGGUGGGACCAGCCGACCUCGGCAACAUACAGUCCAUAUUCUACUUCAACGCUGCCUACGCUGACAAGACGCCGAAAAACGAGCCGUGUAUGGUGAACAACGGCGGGUGCUCUGAAAUCUGCUUCCCGGCUCCAGGUGGCAAGCACACGUGUGGCUGUAACUGGAUACAUAAUCUGCUAGCGGACGGAAAAACCUGCGAGAACGUUCCCCGAUGCCCGUCUGUAUUUUCUAACGCAGUCGUCCUCGAGGACAGCACGUGCAUUCGUGUCUCUGGGAACACGUGCGCCUUUAACUGCACGGGCAUCUACAAGGCACGUGCUGACGUCACGCGCCUCACAUGCACUGACGUCAUGGACAGCGACGGUGCGCUUACGUGGGACAUACAGUAUCCCUGCGAAAUGAUACGGUGCCCGCUCUUUAUCCCGGACGGAUUUGUCAACACGUCUUGCUACCCGCUUCCCGGUUCCACGUGUACAUUCACGUGCAAAGACGGGUACCAUCCGAACCCUCUUGUAGACCACAUCAUAUGUGACAUGUCCGGUCGCUGGAACUACAGCGCUGGAGAGUCGACACUUUGCAUUCCGCAUCAUUCACCGCAUGUGGAACAGGAAAUGGCGGUUGUCCAGGCCUCCACCGGAAGUAGAAACAUGGCGAUAGGACUCGGUGUCGGCGUCGGCAUUCUCUUGCUAGUGCUCGUCGUCAUCCUGGUGGUCAUUUCCCUGUACAGGUUAGGCAAGCUGGGGACACUGUUCGGAAAGAAGACACCGCGGACGACUUCGUUCGAGAACCCGAGAUACUCCGAGAAUAACGUGGACCUGCAGCCUGUCGACGGAGCAGAAGUGAGCAAUGGUUUCCAUUACUCUACGUUGAAUGACGACAAGGUCGACCUGACCCAAGACUCGAGGAGUAAGCAGCACCAGCAGAAACAACAACAGCAGUCUACGAGUUCAAUAAAUGGAACGUUCGGCAACAGUAGCGCCUAGUGAAUCCGUUUUGGAAAUCCUCACCUUGUUAUAAACUUACUUGUAAAUAUAAUUUUAUACUAUCAAGCUGUUAUGAUUUCUACAUGUUUCGACUAAGACUCAUUUCAUUAAUUUGAUUAUUUGUAGGAAAUAGUCACAUGCCGGUUGUUAUAUUAAGUUAACCGUUUGCCACUUCGAUACGGAUUUUCACACAUUUUAGUCCCUUAGAAAGUUAUAUUUAAUUUAAAACUUUUCUCACUAGAUUCAAGUUUUUAAGGCUUCAUUUCCAACCUUAGAUACUGAUGAGCAGCAAACAGCAUAAAACCUACACAGACUGCGAGUUAAUAGCAGGCUUUUGUGGUUUUAUGCUGUUUGCCAAAGCCAUUUUCACUUUAGUUCUUAUGGGGAAAAGGUUUAAGAUUGGCAAUAAUGUGUAUUGUAAAAUGUUAACUGCAUAGACUCGACGUUGUUUUAUUUCAAUACUUAACAUUUAUUUAAAGUGCAUGUAUGCCUGCAUUUUAUUAUUUUUUCAAAGACGUUGCCUGGUAAAUAAAAGCGUAUAGUUUCACAAGUGUUUAAUAGUCGAUAGGCGUCUUUUCUUUCAUUUAUAAUUGUUUUAAUGUGUAUUUCAUUCUAUUAAUGCUUAAAAACUAUGUCACGUAUAAUGCGUUACUCACUAUGGCAUUGAUUUUUAUGUAUGUGUACAUAAUACGGAGUAUAUGUUUUUUAACGUGUUUAAGACAAUGUACAUUGUAUUUGGGUUUUAUGCUUUUUAGUUAAAACUUACACUCUAACUUACACGUGGAGUGCUAAUGCGUAACAUGCGUAACAUGAUAUCUCAUGUUGACUUCUAAUGCGUAGCAUGUUAUCUGUCAUAUUUCUAAAAUGCAACAAAGCAUGUCAACUUUAUGUUGAGGUUUUUGUAUUUGUUUUGUAAAAAAAGGAAUUAAAGUGCCCAGCUUAUUUCAAAUUUAGGUUAGUGCCAUUGCGUCGCUUAGACACUUCGUUCCAGUUAGAUAAAGCAUGGUAUAACAUGUGUUGAUUGUUGUUGACUGUUGUUGUCGUCGUCGAAAUACGUCACAUAUUUAUGUAAUGCGUCAUAGUACAAAUUCUGUUUGAAAAGUAAGUGUUAUAACUAUGUCAUAAUAAACAGUGUACACUUUCAUUUUAAUUGUUUACGUAUAAAUAUAUAUGCUAUGCACAUUUGUAUAUUUAAUAUUAAAAUUAUAUGUAAUAAUGAAAACUUACAAUGGUUCAGACAUGCAAUAAAAUCCAACAAUAAACUGU